GCUUACAACUGGCUGGGCUUCCAGGGGGGCGGGAGUCACCGGAGCCUGGUCCCAUUAAAAGGGUGGGAGCGGCCCGGGGGCCCAUCUCUCCCGUAGAGUCGUGAGACAGCUGGUGCGGCAGUUCCCGGGAACAUCCUCCGGUCCUCAGUCAUGGCUUGUGGUCUGAUCGCCAGCAACCUGAAUCUCAAACCUGGGGAGUGCCUCAGAGUGCAGGGCGAGGUGGCCCCCGAAGCCAAGAGCUUCUCGCUGAACCUGGGCAAAGACAGCGACAACCUGUGCCUGCACUUCAACCCUCGCUUCGAAGCGUUCGGGGACGUCAACACCAUCGUGUGUAACAGCAGGAACGCCGGGGCCUGGGGCGUGGAGCAUCGCGAGUCCACCUUCCCCUUCCUGCCUGGGAGUGUCAUGGAGGUGUGCAUCUCCUUCGACGAGACCGAACUGACCAUCAAGCUGCCAGAUGGAUACUUAUUCAAGUUCCCCAACCGCCUCAACCUGGAGGCCAUCAACUACCUGGCAGCCGAUGGCGACAUGAAGAUCAAGUGUCUGGCCCUUGACUAAAGGCAGCCCCCUGGGCUGUGGCCCCUAAUAAAGGCAGCUGCCUCUGCUCUCUCUG